AGCUGAUGGAAGAGUGUUAACGUUUGAAAGUAGGGUUGCACGGUGGUGGUGGAGUUUGAAUACAAAGCAGUGAUGAGAAUCAUUUUAAUAAUCAUCGAGAUUAUUCGGCUGUCCUGCGGAAUGAAUGUGUUAGGAAGUGUUGGACUCGCAGCUCCUUUACAAUGCGAUCUUUGCCAACAAAAGGAGGACCACACCACCGAGUCGGAGCUGAAUCUGCUGCACCACUACACAAAUAUACCCGUCUACAGAAAAGAUGGAGAUGUCAUUCUUGGAGGAUUGUUCCCAUUACAACGAAUCGAGAACAGGACAGGAAUCAUAAGGUACAAAAACGUGGCUCUUGCAGAAAUGAUGGCUUGGACAAUCGACAAAGUCAAUGCUGAUGAGAAUGUCCUGCCUGGUAUUACUCUAGGCUACGAGAUAAGAGAUACACUGAAUAACGCUCCGUUUGCAAGUGUACAGGCUCUGGAGCUCGCAGCAAAAAACGUGUUCGGAGUUGUCGGACCCGGGAGUAGUAUGGUUGCCAUUCAUCUUGCAUCCCUCUUAGGUUCACUUUCCUUUCCAAUGGUAGCUUACUCAUCAACCUCCGACCUUCUCUCUGACUCCAACAGAUUCCGAAUGUUUGCCAGAACUGUUCCUUCUGACAAGUACCAAUGUAAGGCAAUGGCUGAUAUCAUCCAUCAUUACAAGUGGAGUUUUGUAUCAAUAAUCUACUCUCCUGAACUGUAUGGAAGAGAGGGAGCUGAUGAGCUGACACAUUUGUUGGAAAAGAAAAACACUUUUGUGGAUAAGUUUCAUCCUUUGAUUGAGAGUAAAAUUACUGAUCAGGAUCAUUUGGAUCAGCUGCUGAAGGGGAUUGUAACGAAACCUCCAAACAGAAACACCUCACCAGCUUCUGUCAUAGUCCUCUUUGCUACACGUGACUAUGCUGAAAAGGUCAUCAAGAGCGCUGUGAGACUUCAGGCUGAUGGUAUUAGAUUCGACAAUGUUACAUGGAUAGCUUCUGAAUCUUGGGGCGCUAGACCUAAUAUCAUAAGCCAUUUCAUGAAGGCAAAUAUUGGCUAUUUUAUCGGAAUGAAGAUAAAAACCUUUCCGGUGACUGACUUCCUCGAUCAUUUUCGAAAUCUGACACCGGAGACUACUGAAAAUCCUUGGUUUAAGCAUUACUACAAAGAAGAAUACUGUAAAGGAGAACUUGAAAACUGUCAGCACAAGGAAUACCAACAGGAUCUUUACGAUGAAGCCGUAUUGCUAGCAGUUGAAGCGUUUGCUCACACUCUACAUGAUAUCAUUUUUAAGGAGGAUAUAGAACAAGGAAUAACUGAAAGAAAUAGUUCGGAACUUGAUCAAUGUGUCGUGGCAGCGAAACCUAUUUCAAACACGACUGAUCUCUACUUCCUAAGAAACUCGGCGAUAGGAAAAUGUAUAUUUCAAGAGCUCAUAACAGGUGUAACUCGAACUCGGACCAGAAAGGAAUUGAGAUUUAACGAUACAACAGGAGACUUCGAAGCGAUGUUCACCUAUCUGACCGUCAAACACAGUCAGCUAGAAGACAGCACUUCAGAUGCAGUAGAGGACGCACUCCACGACAUAGGAUACUGGGAUAUGACAGGAUUAUAUGUUGACGAUUAUGACACAGUUCCUUUUGGAAAUAGUCCUGUACCUGUAUCUAAAUGCAGCGUCGACUGUACUCCCGGACAGUGGAAGAGAACUCUGGAGAAGAAGACUUGUUGGGAGUGUAUUAACUGUGAUGAUUACUAUUUCUCAAAUACGACGAAUUCUCUUAAAUGUGAGAGAUGCGAACGGGGCAUGGAGACAAACGAUGAGAAGACAAAUUGUACGGAGAUCCCUAGAACAUUUCUGGACUAUAAACACCCUGCAGCAAUAGUUCUUAUCAUCAUAUCACUCAUUGGAAUGAUAUUGACUGCUAUGACAAUCGUGAUAUUCACCAAGUUUAGGGACACACCGCUGGUGAAAGCAAGCAGUAGGGAGCUUUGUUUGGUGUUACUUGCUGGUAUAUUCCUCGGAUUUAUAUCUACCUUCUUUUCUAUUGGAGAACCAUCGUCACCUGUUUGUCUGAUGCAGCUGAUGACUGGAGUACUUUUUGGUACACUAACGAUUGUGCCGGUAUUUUUGAAGACAUUCAGGAUUUACAUACUCUUCUUUCAGUCCAUCAAGUCAGCUGGUGGACCUCCGAAGUACUUACAACCGAUGUGGCAGGGUAUGGUGUGUAUGAUGUUAGUGCUCCUACAGAUGAUCAUUCUCAUGUUUGUUAUCAUCUGGCACCCACUCAAGAGACAGGAAGAGUUCCCUAACGAUAGGACAGUGCUACUGGUGUGUUCAGGAGUGCAUUCACAAGACACAGUCAUUGCUCUAGCGGUCCCUGUUGGAUACAUAGCAUUCUUCUCUAUUCUGAGUCUUAUUUUAAGCUACAAAGUCCGGAAGCUUCCUUCCAAUUUCCAUGAAGCGAAGUAUAUUUGUUUAGCUCUAACCAUAGCAAUGAUAGUUAUGGUAGCGUUCGGAUCGUCCUACUUUGUAACAGCCGGGAUAUGGCAAAAGUUUUUGAUUGUUAUCGCCGCUCAAACGAUAGCUCUGUCAUUCCUAAUACUUAUCUUCUACAAGAAAGUGCUUAUCAUAGUUUUCUACCCUGAGAGAAAUAAGAUAUGCUUUGCGAAGGAUGCAAUGAAAAAUCUAGAAAUGAGCCGAACAGAAAAGAGAAAGUCCUUCCUAGAGUCGCAGCAUUGCCACAUGUGUAACCAACCAUUGCACGCCAAACCAGGAGCCGAGGCAGGCUUGAUAUCAGCGGCUAAUAUGCUUAGUGGGAUACCGAAAGUGGCCGAAAAAGACAAAGUUGUGAUAGAUAAGGAACUUCAAACCCAAACCACUGAAUGUAACAUUGCCUCUACUCUCGAAUCAGGAUCAGCACUUUAGGGACCCGUUCUUUAUUCAUAUAGAUUAUAGAUUUAUUUUACAAUUUGCGUAUAGACCUGAACAUUCUUAGGAUACAACUUCUUUAUCUGUUUGCAUGAGAAACUAUAUUUAAAUUCUAUCUAGCUUAUUAUUAAAAUCGUACCGAAUUGUUUAUUUAGCAUUAAAAUGCUUUGUGUUAGUAAUAAUAAGUGGGGAUCUUUAAACGUUUAAAUUAGAUAUUCCCAAACGUUUUAAAGGAUGAAUUUAAAAAUGGUGUUACUUCAUCUUACUGGUCGCAAUAAAGACAAUAUCUAUCGACAAAGUUGCAAUUGUAAUAACGGUGGCUAUAAAGAAGCCAUAUUUACUUGAUAUGACUUGAUAACGGGUAACGGUACCUUAAUGAGUCCCUGUGAUAUAUAUUUGACAGGUUAUGAGGUUUUCGUGGUGAAGGGACUGUCACUCGAUCGUUUUUGUGCUUCUUCUGUUCUGCAUAGCUUAUAUUUCGAUAAAUGUCUGUUC